GCCGGCUCCCACGCCCCCGCGCCGCGCGCCCGAUCCGUGCGCUCCGAAGACCCCCCCGGGGCGGCCGCCGCUGGCGAUGCUGCAAGAAACUUCUUAAAUGACCGCGUCCCGCUGCCCUGCCGAGCGUUUCUGGGUUGGGGAGAGGAAAGGAAAGUGGAAAAAAACUGAGAACUUCCUGAUCCCUCUCGCUGUGAGACAUGUCUGAGACUCCUGCUCAGUGUAGCAUUAAGCAGGAACGAAUUUCAUACACACCUCCGGAGAGUCCAGUGGCAAGCUACGGUUCCUCCACUCCACUUCAUGUUCCAGUGCCUCGAGCGCUCAGGAUGGAGGAAGACUCGAUCCACCUGCCAGCGCACCUGCGCUUGCAGCCGAUUUACUGGAGCAGAGAUGACGUAGCCCAGUGGCUCAAGUGGGCGGAAAACGAGUUUUCUUUAAGGCCCAUUGAGAGCAACACGUUCGAAAUGAACGGCAAGGCGCUCCUGCUGCUGACCAAAGAGGAUUUCCGCUACCGAUCUCCUCAUUCAGGCGAUGUGCUCUAUGAACUCCUUCAGCAUAUUCUGAAGCAGAGGAAACCUCGAAUUCUCUUCUCGCCAUUCUUCCACCCUGGGAACUCUAUCCACACGAAGCCAGAAGUCCUACUGCAUCAGAACCAUGAAGAAGAUAACUGUGUCCAGAGGACGCCCAGGCCACCUGCAGAGAGUGUGCACCACAACCCUCCCACCAUUGAACUCUUACAUCGCCCUAGGUCACCCAUCACCACAAACCACAGGCCUUCUCCUGACCCCGAGCAGCGGCCCCUGCGGUCCCCUCUGGACAACAUGAUCCGCCGCCUCUCACCAGCGGAGAGGGCCCAGGGACCCAGGCUUCAGCAGGAAAACAACCACCAGGAAUCCUACCCCCUGUCAGUGUCUCCUAUGGAGAAUAAUCACUGCCCACCAUCCUCGGAGUCCAACCCGAAGCCCUCCAGCCCCUGGCAGGAGAGCCCGCGAGUGAUCCAGCUGAUGCCCAGCCCCAUCAUGCACCCUUUGAUCCUGAACCCCCGGCACUCAGUGGAUUUCAAACAGUCGCGGCUCUCUGAAGACGGGCUGCAUAGGGAAGGGAAGCCCAUGAACCUGUCUCACCGGGAGGACCUGGCUUACAUGAACCACAUCAUGGUCUCCGUGUCCCCACCUGAAGAGCACGCCAUGCCCAUUGGGAGAAUAGCAGACUGUAGACUGCUUUGGGAUUACGUCUAUCAGUUGCUCUCCGACAGCCGGUACGAAAACUUCAUCAGAUGGGAAGACAAGGAAUCCAAAAUAUUCCGGAUAGUGGAUCCCAAUGGAUUGGCUCGCCUGUGGGGAAACCAUAAGAACAGAACAAACAUGACCUAUGAGAAAAUGUCCAGAGCCCUGCGCCACUACUACAAACUAAACAUUAUCAGGAAGGAGCCCGGACAAAGGCUUUUGUUCAGGUUCAUGAAAACCCCAGACGAAAUCAUGAGUGGCCGGACAGACCGUCUAGAGCACCUUGAGUCUCAGGAGCUGGAUGAACAAGCGUACCAAGAGGACGAAGCUAAGGGGACCCACCACGGCCGCACCGGCUGGCCAAGAGGAAACCUGCCCACAGGGACCGCUGGAGGCGUGAUGGCAGGCGAGCUGGGGGUGGCUAAGAGAGAAGAGGCCCAGGAAUGGCAGGAAUGCUUUUCCUCCACACCGAGAGGGACCCAGAGCACCUUAGACAAACCACCCAGCAAUGGCGGGGCUGGAAUUCUGGCGGAGGGCACAAGCCUGAGACUCACACGUCACAUUUGCUUCUCCUUCGGACCUCUUGUCUGUAACGCCUCACCCUCACCCUGCACCUGUCGUUAGUCUCAUGAUGUUUGUUUUUGUUUUUCUGGGUUGUUUUUUUUUUAAGAACAUGCAGUUUGACUAUUCAUCGUUCAUACAGGGGAAGACAUCACAUGUUGCUUUCCUAUGGAAAUAUAUCUACUAUAUAUAUUAAUUUUUUUUUUCAAAUCUCACAAAGUACAGCCAGCUCAGCUGGUCAGGAAAGAGACUUGCAGAAGGGAUCAGGCUCCUCUUUUUCCUGUCGCAUGGAUCAGGUUUGUCCUGUUGCAGUCAGGUCUUGGAUGAGAAGAAAAAAAGAGAGAGAGAGAGAAACUUUCAAAAAUGAGAGAGUUCUCUCUGUCUCUCUCCUGCCUCCCUUCUCUCACUCACCCUGCCCCUCUCUUUCCUCCUCCUCUGCCCGCUGUUCUGCGUCACACGCCUUUUAGCAGACCUGGCCUCCCUGGCACCUAAACUAAGCAGUGACCCAGCUCUUCUGUGGCCGUCAUCACACAGCCAGACCCCUUGGGCAGACACCUCACAAAUGCUGCUGUAUUCCAGAAAGAUCAGUGGGAGGUCCGGCCAUAAGAAGGGCCAGAGGUUGGCCAAAUGAUUUCGAAGGCCCUGGCGGCUUGGGACUCUCCUGAAAGGGGUGCAGGGCGGGAGAAUCCGAGAGGCUCACCCAGGUCCGGUGGUCCAGGAACGAGGCAGAGGUGCCCUGCGGUGAGGAACAGGCUGACGAGGCUGACGAGAAAGCAAAGCUCUCGGCUCCAUUCCCAAGGCAUCUUGCCCCUGUGGGAUUGCGGCCACCCCUGCUCCAAGUCCUAGCCUUUUUUGUUGUUUUUCUGGUCCUUACUGGUCCUCACUGAGCAUAGAACACACACAAGGGAGGACCCCGGAGUGCAGACUCGGCCCAGCCGGUGUUUGCACAACCAGCAGAGACAGGAAAUUCCUCAGAUUCAUUCGUUUCUCCUCCUGUCAUUGCUGUGUUUCCAGAAGACAUAUUUGUGGCUUUUUUUUUUUUUUUUUUUCACCUCGACAUAAGGUCGGUAGUAUCUUCCAAGAUGAGGGUAAUGCUAUGCCUUAGGACUUUUGAUAGCAGAGAUUUUUAGACAGCUGUUUUAGUGGGGGGGAUUUGGGUUUUGUUGUUUUGUUUUGUUGGUUUUUCAAGACAGGGUUUCACUGUGUAGCCCUGGCUGUCCUGGAACUUGCUUUAUAGGCCAGGCUGGCUUUGAACUCAAAGAUCUGUCUGCCUCUGCCUCCCAAGUGCUGGGAUUGAAGGUGUGCACCAUCAUGCCCGGCUUCCCCCCCCCCCUUUUUUUAGCCAUCUACAUGGACUCUUUGAACUACAGUGUUUUUAAUCCCAGGUGAUGAGGUCUGCCUUAUAAACCACCCUUGUCUUUUCUCUGUCUCUUCCACACCAUCAAGUGGGCCUCUCCCAGCCCUCCUGGGUAUGUG